UGUUAUUUUUGUACCCUGUGUGUAUAAAUCAUUCUCUUUUAUUUGAUCUCUGCAGUAAAGAGCUGAAAGAUCCAGAUCUGCUCUACAACAUGCUAAAGAAUCUACUUGCACAGAUUAAAACGCAUCCAGACGCCUGGCCUUUCAUGGAGCCAGUGAAGAAAUCUGAAGCUCCAGACUAUUAUGAGGUCAUCCGCUUCCCCAUUGACUUGAAAACGAUGACGGAGCGUCUGAAGAACCGGUAUUAUGUGACAAAAAAGCUGUUUAUCGCUGACCUGCAGAGAGUGAUCACGAACUGCAGAGAGUACAACCCUCCAGACAGCGAGUACUGCAAGUGUGCCAACACACUGGAGAAGUUUUUCUACUUCAAACUGAAAGAGGCCGGGCUCAUUGACAAGUAACAGACAUCUAGCCUAGGACUAUAGAUACUAUAGAGAGUGUGAUCACGUACACGCAUAUACGUUUAAUUUGGAUGAAUGACAUCCAAACUUGUCAAAAGUUGCUGCUUGCUGUUACUUUUUUCUUCCUUAUACAGUAUAGUUAUAAAACUCAAGGUUAUAUUUGUGUGUAUGAGGCUGCUGUGCCAGAGCAUUAAGGGAAAAUGAAAACUGAAAGUGUGUUUGAUGUGGGCGUUAGCUUAGACAGAAAUCGCUAUUAGCAGUUCUGUUUUUCUGUCCCAUGCGCCAUUAAACGAAUGACUCACGAACAGUGCAAGCUGUUGCUCUACAUACUGUACACAAACAUUCGGUUGUGUAACAUAGUCUUAUCCUG